AUGGGCGGCGCAGAGCAAUCUGGGCUGGAUCCUCGAUGUCAAUGUGGCGUUCCAUGCUUGCGCCCUGCCCUGGGAGGCGGCAUGGUCACGUACAUAAUAGACGCACAGUAUGGCCUCGGACGACACAGAGACACCAUCCUCAAGGAGCACUACAAGAUGUACCUGAGGAUGACCUUUCUCCAAGCGCUCGUCUCGACAAUCGGCAGCCUCCUCUUUCUGAAGCUGUCGAUUGGAUUCUCCUUGAUCAGGCUGAGUCAACAGAAGGUGUAUACCCGCGUCAUCUGGGGUUUCAUUGGGUUCCGGGACAAGGACCUCAACCCAGUCUGCCUCCCGGUAAAGACGCACAAGGCUUUUGCCUUGCUGAAUACAUCUUGCAACAUCUUCACCGACAUUGCGGCUGUCAUGGUCGGCAUCGUCAAGACGGUCUGCCAGAACGUGUUCCGUGGACAAUACGAUCAAUCAUUCUACAACAGGAUCCAAUUCUGGGGGUUCCUCCAGAUCAACAUUGGCAUCAUCGCCGCGUGCGCCCCGACCCUCCGACCGCUCGUGGCGGGCAUCCUCCAGCUGUCGACCAGCAACACCGGCGCGCGCUACCCGAGCCAGAGCAGGUACGGCAACGGCUACGGGGGGCCGAAGAACACGGGUCUCCGGAGCCAGCGGAACAACAGGAGCAGCGGCUGGGUCAAGGCGGACAGUGGCCACGACGAGUACGAGAUGGACGACGGACGCUUCGGGGGACACGGGGGCGAGUGUGGCGAUCAGAUCCGGCCGGACAUUGGGGUCGCGCACGGAGGCAGUCGAUCCGGCAGCGAGGAGAUGAUCAUCCAGGGUGUCAAGGGCGAGGAGAAGAAGGGCAUUGUGCGCAGGACGGUGGUGACGGUGGUUUGA